AUGGUUUGGCACUAUGAAUUCCUGUUGAUGUUAGGAUUAUGUAUAUUGAAUAUUUAUGCUGCACUGAAAUCAGGCAAUGAACCAAAAGGGCCAAAAGUGACUGACAAGGUUGUUUUAACGAUAAAAAUAGGAAAUGAAGAAACGGGCACAAUAACAAUUGGCUUAUUUGGGAAGACAGUUCCGAAAACUGUAAAAAACUUCAUCCAGUUAUCAAAGAAAGCAGAAGGAGAAGGAUAUACUGGCUCGAAAUUCCAUCGAAUUAUCAAAGAUUUCAUGGUACAAGGUGGAGACUUCACCAACGGUGAUGGUACCGGCAGUAAAUCUAUCUAUGGUGAGAAAUUUGCUGAUGAAAAUUUCAAAUUGAAGCAUUAUGGUGCAGGAUGGCUUAGCAUGGCAAAUGCCGGACCAGAUUCGAACGGUUCUCAGUUCUUCAUUACUUUAAAAAAACACCUUGGCUCGAUGGAAGACACGUCGUUUUCGGCAAGGAAAAUGGAGAAUACGAAAACAAUAAAGCCUAGUGACAAGCCUGUAAAAGAUGUCGUAAUCGUAAAGGCAGAACAUAUUGCUGUAGAAUCUCCAUUUGCAGUCCACAAGGCUGAUGCCGAAAAUUAA